UUUUAAGCUGAACUAUUUUUCCUUUUCUAGGCCUUAAGGAGAGUGCAGAAGAAAUGGUCAAAAAUAAGUUGGAAGGAAAGGAUAAGCUGACCCCUUGGGAACAAUUUUUAGAGAAGAAGAAAGAAAAGAAAAGACUGAAAAAGAAACAGAAGGCUCUUGCUGAAGAAGCCAGUGAAGAUGAGCUUCCUUCUGAUGUUGAUUUGAAUGAUCCCUACUUUGCUGAAGAAGUUAAAAAGUUAGGUGUAAAGAAAAAAUCAAUGAAAUCUACAAAAGACAGCUUAUCUUCCGAGGAAGAAGCUGACCUAGAAAAGCAAAAGGCUGAAAUGGCCUUGCUUGUAAUGGAUGAGGAAGAGGACAGUAAGAAACACUUCAACUAUGACAAGAUUGUGGAGCACCAGAAUCUGAGCAAAAAGAAGAAGAAACAGCUUAUGAAAAAGAAGGAGUUACUUGAGGAUGACUUUGAGGUAAAUGUUAACGACUCACGAUUUCAGGCAAUGUACACUUCCCACUUAUUCAAUUUGGAUCCCUCUGAUCCUAAUUUCAAGAAAACAAAGGCUAUGGAAAAAAUUCUUGAGGAGAAAGCCCGGCAGCGAGAACGAAAAGAAGAGCUACUUAUUCAAGCAGUAGAGAAAGCUGAGCAGAACACAGGAAAGUCGGCACAGAAGCGGCCCAUAGAUCCUGCCUUGUCUUUGCUGAUUAAAUCUGUGAAAAACAAAACAGAGCAAUUCCAAGCCAGAAAAAAACAGAGAGUCAAAUAACAGGGCACUGACUCUGUAGUCUUACAUUCACAGAAAUAGUAUAAGGGAUAAUGGGAAUGAAGCCACCUUUCUAGAAUAUGAAAUUUUUCUGUUUUCUGACCAUUGUAAUGUUGUUCUUCAUUGGAGCUAGAGAGAUGGCUCAACAGUAAAGAACAAUGGUGCUUUUUCAAAGUAUCUGAGUUUGGUUCCCAGCACUCACAUGGCAGGUCACAACUUUACGUAAUUCCAGUUCCGGGAGAUCCAGUGCCCUCUCGUGGCCUCUGUGGGCAUUGCAUGCUCAUAGUGCCCACACAAACAUGCAGGCAAAAUGGUCUCACACAAUUUUUUUCCAUGUUCCCCUUCCAUAAUUGUUAUACUGAAUUGUAAAUGACUCACAUUUUAUACUGUGCAUUUCCACAGAUUUGUCAUAAUAUAAUUAUGUGAAGUGUAAAAUUUAUAAAAUUUUUAUAUUGUAUGAAGUUCGUUUCCUACAAAUACAGUGUGACUCUAAUUUAGCUUCCAAAGAGACUAUUUACAAUAUAUGUAAAAUUAGUGUCCAUUUUUCUGUACAAAGAUUAAAAACAAAUUUAAAAAAUAUAUAUAUGUAGUACCUUAUUCUGUGAAGACAGGUGGCAGAUCUAAGUAACUGUUAAGAUAACUUAUUUUCCUAUCAUAAGGAUAGAAGCUGUGAAUUAUUUUUUCCAUGCUUAGUAAUUUGCAUGUAGAACUAAUUUAUGAAUAAAAGUGCAAGACAUUUUUACUA